AUGUUUCCUUCAGGACACACGCAAUUCUUUUUUCUCCACUUCACUUUUUCCCACAUGGCGAAUGCCGGUGAUGCGCAGGAGGUGAGUCCGGUGCGGCUGGUGGAGGGCGAUGUGUUGGAGCGGGAACAUGUGCUGAAGGUGUAUGACGCCAUUGCGUCUCACUUCUCGUCAACACGGUACAAGGCGUGGCCCAAAGUACAGGCUUUCAUUGAGUCCCUUCCAAAGUACUCUUUGGUGGCUGACGUCGGCUGUGGGAACGGGAAGUACUUCACCUGUGCGCAGUGCUACCGGAAGGCAACCGUGACACACAUCGAUGACGUGGGGGUGACGGUUGAGGCCGACGAUUUGGAGGACGCAUGCCGUUACGUUGUGGGCAUUGACUUGAGUGAGGGACUCCUACGACUGGCACAAGAACAACAAAAGAAAUUGGCUUCAGCGAGUCAAGUUAUUAGUCGCACAGACCUUCUGCGCGCUGAUGGCCGUCGCACCGCACUCCGCGGUGGAGUCUUCGAUGCCGUCAUUAGCAUCGCAGUCAUUCAUCACCUCGCCACACAAGCGGGACGGGUGGAGGCCAUCCGGGAAUUACUUCGCCUUGUGCGGCCCGACGGUCUUGUGCUGAUCAGCGUGUGGGCGAAAGAGCAGCCGAGAAAGCGGUCCAGAAAUGACGAGGCGGAUGUUCUCAUCCCAUGGGAGAUGCACGAGAAAUACGACAAGGAGAAGCGUGUGUACCAGCGUUACUACCACCUUUUUGUGCAGGGAGAACUGGAGAGUCUUGCUGUGGAGGCGGGCGCAUCGGUGCGGGAGUCGUACUACGACAAGGAGAAUUGGUGUGUCAUUCUCACCCCGACUUGA